UGCACGUUGAACCCUGCGCACUGCGUAACGCGGGCGCCUUUAAACGCGCGGCGGCGAGCGCAGCCCUCCCUGGUCAGACACGGACAAGUUAAAGGAUAACUCGCGCACUCGGCGCUCACGUCGUGUCAUAACGCCGCACAGUCACGCUUGUCCACUUUUCCGAGGAAGAUGGCUACGAAGGGCCUGUCGUGGUGUAAGGGCUCCAGCAGACACGUGCUGAACCUGCGGCAGGUGACGAGGUGGUUUGCAGAGAGCAGCGACAAAGGCUGGUUCCGUUCCUUGUUUGUGCACAAAGUGGAUGCCAGGAAAGACGCCCAUUCCAACCUCUUGUCAAAGAAGGAGACCAGUAACCUGUAUAAAAUGCAAUUUCACAAUGUCAAGCCAGAGUGCCUGGAAGCGUAUAACAGUCUAGAGAUUGAGGUACAGAAUAAGCUCAGUCUCGACCAGGACUACCCAUGUGAAGUGGUAGGAAGCUGGAAUACCUGGUACGGGGACCAGGACCAAGCUGUGCAUCUUUGGCGAUACAGAGGAGGCUACCCAGCCCUGACCGAAUGCCUGAAGAAAUUAAACAAUAACCAGGAGUAUCUGGAGUUUCGGAAAGAAAGGGCGAAAAUGCUGAUUUCAAGGCGGAAUCAGCUUCUCCUGGAGUUUAGCUUCUGGAAUGAGCCUCAGCCCCGAUCUGGACCCAACAUCUAUGAAAUGCGCUCCUACAAACUGAAGCCAGGAACCAUGAUCGAGUGGGGAAACCACUGGGCGAGGGCAAUCAAAUACAGACAGGAAAACAAUGAGGCAGUGGGCGGGUUUUUCUCACAGAUUGGUGACCUGUACGUGGUGCAUCACUUAUGGGCUUACAAAAGCCUCCAGUCACGAGAGGACACCAGGAACUUGGCCUGGCUGAAGGACGGUUGGGACUCCAGUGUGUAUUACACAGUGCCUCUGAUCAGAAGCAUGGAGUCCAGAAUAAUGAUUCCCACCAAGAGCUCCCCAUUACAGUGAGGAGGAGGCUCAAGCCACAGCCUGGAUGUCAUGAACCAGUGGAAAUCUAAUUUAUUCACUCAUUGGUGUACUGACCAGUAGCAAAGUUUAAUUUUGCUCAUUGUAAAAUUAUUUUUUUUGCCCCCCCCCCCCCGCACAUUUGAUAUUGCAAAUGUCAACUACAAGGCAUCUUCUACAAUCAAAUAUGCACCAUAGUCAAUAUGGUAUGCGUGGCAAUAGAUAUUGUACUGUACAUAUUUUAGGAAUAUUGAACUACUGAUAUUUCAGAAAUCAGAAAUGUGAACAAAAAUGUGAUAUUUUUUUUUCCUUCUUCAGAUGUUUAAAAUAACACUCAACUACGUGACAUGUCACGUAGUUGAGUGAUGAAAUGUAUCUGUCAAUAAACAUUG